CGUGGCGUGACAUCGCGAUGUCGCGCCUCCUACCUGUGAAAAUCGAAGUGUGUUCGUACUUAAUGCCGGACCAUUUUGCCAUGGCAGUGGACCGUUGGGUUACUCAUGGCACGAAGACGCUGAUUUUCCAGUGCUACCACUGCCAAAGCGAGAGAGUGCAUCGUGCGCUGGAAACUCUGUUUAGUUUACUGCAGAUAAAAGGCAUACGACUUAAAACAAUCGUAUUUUCCAAGUGCGAUGUGUGGGCCGAUGAUAUUCUAGCCUUCUCCGACGCUCUUGUGCUGAAAUUUCGCCGGAAAUUGCACGGCAUUUGCGACAUACUCGUGCUGCACAACGUGCGCCUGUGCGGGUUGCCUUAUGUGGACGCCGAGACAUGUCACUGCAUAUCAACACAAAAAACCGGCUUUUUUGCGUCGGACACAUUGGAUGUGGCUGCGGACGUGCUGGUGGAAAAGUGCGUGAUUGCUAUCGGUAAUCAACUGCAAAUGGAAUCGGCGCUGGGUGUGCUGGAGAAGGGAUGCCCCCCUGUACGCCCAGAGCAGUUUCCGCUACUGCGGAGUCGGCUGGAAACCGGAAUCUUGACGACGGCUGUGGUUCUACAGGUGUUAAAGCAAUGGCAAGCCGGUGACCCAAGGUUUGCCCGAAUAUCACUCGCCACUGAUUUCCCCUGGACAAAAGUACCGUUGGAUUCCCUGACGAAAUUGGCCUUCUUCAUCUUGCAGUGGCAUGUGGCUGACAAUUAUCCCCAACGAUCUCCUUGUCAUAAAUACUGAACACAGGAACGAAAAUCUACAAGCAGUU